CACGGAGAGGUGUGACUACUGUAGGGGGGGCUCCUCGGAUAUACAAGGGUUUGGUUUUAACCCGCUGCCAACAAGGAAGCGAACAGCUGGGAUAACACCAAACUAACGGGAUUCGUUUCGUUUUUUACAUUUCGAUAUCUUUGCCGUGAGGUGAGCGGGUCAACAUGACUUCCAUGGACUUGGAGAAGCUGAAAAUGACGGGGGCAGGUCGGGCCAUAGCGGUGCUGACCAGCGGUGGAGAUGCACAAGGCAUGAACGCCGCUGUCCGAGCCGUGACCAGAAUGGGCAUUUAUGUUGGGGCCAAGGUCUAUCUCAUCCAUGAGGGAUACCAAGGCUUGGUGGAUGGUGGAGACAACAUAAAGCUUGCACACUGGCACAGUGUGACCAACAUCAUCCAGCUGGGUGGCACAGUAAUCGGUAGCGCCCGCUGCAAGGACUUCCAGACGCGUGAGGGUCGCAUCGCCGCCGCCUUCAACCUGGUGAAGAAAGGCAUCACCAACCUGUGUGUGUGCGGCGGAGACGGCAGCCUCACGGGAGCCAAUAUCUUCCGCAGUGAGUGGAGCGGCCUGCUGGAUGAGCUCGUGCAGAAAGGAAGGAUCAGAGACACAGAUGCAAAGCAGUACAACAAACUGAACAUCGUCGGACUUGUGGGAUCAAUAGACAACGACUUCUGUGGCACUGACAUGACCAUUGGAGCUGAUUCUGCGCUGCAUCGCAUCAUGGAGAUAGUCGACGCCAUCAUGACCACUGCAAACAGCCACCAGCGCACUUUUGUUCUUGAAGUCAUGGGCCGCCACUGUGGGUAUCUGGCCCUGGUGUCAGCUUUAGCAUCUGGAGCAGACUGGCUCUUCAUUCCAGAGGCUCCUCCGCUUGAGGGCUGGGAGGAUCGCAUGUGUGCUCGUCUGGAAAGGAGCCGAAACAAGGGCUCAAGACUCAACAUUAUAAUUGUUGCAGAGGGAGCCAUUGACUCAAAUGGAAAGCCGAUCUCUUCUGCUGAUAUAAAAGAUCUGGUGGUGAAGAGGUUGGGCUAUGACACCAGGGUGACGGUGCUCGGCCACGUUCAGCGAGGAGGAACUCCGUCUGCAUUUGACAGAAUACUGAGCACCAAGCUGGGUGUGGAGGCAGUCAUCGCCCUAAUGGAGGCCUCUCCGGACACUCCAGCCUGUGUCAUCGGCCUCUCCGGCAACCACACGGUCCGCUUGCCUCUCAUGGAGUGUGUGGAAAUGACCAAGUUGGUGCAGAAAGCCAUGAAAGAGAAGAGGUUCACUGAAGCUGUCAAACUUCGUGGAGGGAGUUUUGAGAGCAACUGGAACAUCUACAAGCUUCUGGCCUUCCCAAAGCCUGACGUUAACGAGACCAAUUACUCUGUGGCUAUACUGAAUGUUGGAGCUCCAGCUGGAGGCAUGAACGCAGCGGUCAGGUCAGCCGUAAGAGUUGCACUUGCUCAUGGACACAAAGUCUAUGGUGUCCAUGAUGGCUUUGAAGGACUUGCCAAUGGAUUGAUAUCCGAAAUGAAAUGGCACAAUGUGGCCGGAUGGACGGGCCAAGGAGGUUCCCUCCUGGGGACCAAGAGAACCCGUCCUGCCACAUGCAUGGAGAAAAUUGUAGAGAAUAUCGGCAGGUUCGGCAUCACAGCUCUGCUUGUAAUUGGAGGAUUUGAGGGAUACGAAGGUGUGCUGCAGCUGUAUGAAGCCCGGAGCCGCUUCAGUGAGCUCUGCAUCCCCAUGUGUGUUGUCCCGGCCACCAUCAGCAACAACGUCCCAGGAACAGACUUCAGUCUGGGAGCAGACACUGCUGUUAAUGCUGCCAUGGAGGGAUGCGACAAAAUUAAGCAGUCUGCUUCCGGGACGAAGAGACGAGUGUUUGUGGUUGAGACGAUGGGUGGGUACUGUGGUUACCUGGCCACCUCCACUGCUAUCGCUGUGGGUGCUGAUGCUGCUUACAUAUUCGAAGAGCCAUUUAACAUCCAUGACCUCAAGACCAACGUGGAGCAUUUGGCUGAAAAGAUGAAGCAGGACAUCCAGCGAGGUCUAGUCCUAAGGAAUGAGCACUGCCAUGAGAACUACACUACAGACUUCAUUUACAGGCUCUAUUCAGAGGAAGGAAAGGGGGUCUUUGACUGCAGAGUGAACGUGUUGGGACACCUCCAGCAGGGAGGAGCACCUUCUCCCUUUGAUAGGAACUUUGGCACCAAGUUAGGUGUAAAGGCAACCCAGUGGCUAAAUGAGAGGUUGACUGAAAACUUCAGACAAGGCCGUGUGUUCACCAACUCCCCAGAGACAGCGUGUGUGCUUGGCCUGAACAGGAAGGUCGUCUCAUUUAUUCCUGUUUCGGACCUGAAGGCCAGCACUGAUUUUCAGCACCGGAUGCCAAAUGUUCAGUGGUGGUUCAACCUGAGACCAAUGCUGAAGAUGUUGGCCAGGUACCAAACCAAUUUCAUUGAAUAUGUCCCUGGAGAGAUCGAACAUGUGACUCGACGCUCCAUCAGCAUUGAUGCUGGAUACUAGGCUCCCUGAGACAACACUUCUGUAUGCAGUUUUCAACCCUUAUCUUUCCAUCCUUUGUCUCAUUUUCACUCUUAUGUGUGGUGUUUUGAUGCUGUUCCUCUUAAAGCUGUCUGGAGUGUCUAAGUGUCAGUAGUUCCCACUAGCAUCUAAAAUUGUGUUAAAGUGCUGUCACACUGUUUAUUUUGCCAUGCGUGUUGGCAUAUCUAAAAAUACUUUUUAAAUAAAAAUGAAGAGUAAAAACUUAAAGCAAAUUGUUUAAAACCCUAACAUCCUGCUGUGUACAGGAUGUAUGUGUAUUGUUAAUGUGCCCCCAUAACAUAUGUUUCAUGUAUAUUGGGAAUAAGGGUGUAAAAUGAACAGUGUGUUUCUGUGUCAGAAAAGAAUAUGUUAAUUUGUUCCAAGAUAUCACCAUUUUGACCUUUCAUUUCCCCCAAAUUUAAUGACCAUCUCACCAUCUCAGGCUUAAAGUUUAAUACUAUGAGUAGCCCAGAUUGUCAAAUAAUUAUUAGGUGAGUUAAUCAGAAAGUAAGGCCAGGUGUCAUGCCAGGGCAGCCACCAUGAGCUCUUAGCAUGCUGAGGUGAGUCAGUCAGUACAGACAGAGCCACUGCAAAGUGCAGCAUAAGAUUAAGUAACAUUAUCACGGCAUGGCUGCAACAUUUGAGUAGUAUUCAUAUAAAUAAUUUUGCAUUGGAGCAUAUUUACAAUAAAUACGGUGUCUUUAAGUUAGAGGGCUCGUGUCACAGAAUUUUUCAUCAUGUCCAAAACAGAGAUGGUAAAAUGUUAUUUAAAUAAAGCAAAGUAUCUUCAUACGUCACAAAAAACACAAGGCAGAUAAGCAAUAGCCUGAUAAAAGUAUAAGAUGUAUUCUAUUACUUGGGUAUUUGCAGUAAUAAACAUUUGCUAAGAAUCAGGUUUCUGUUCCUAUAAAGUCUUGGCUUUACCCUCUGAAGUUCAGACACCUUACACAUCAGUGAACAUGGGACUAUACUCCUUGACAUAUUAGUACACUUAAUCAGUUUCAUACUAACUACUAAAGAUCAAAUAACAUAAAAGGUAAUUUCCAGUGUUCAUUUAUUGACUGAUGCAUUUAAUACAGAUACAUUGUGUACUUCCUCCAAGGUGCUUGUAAGGAUUUCUUUUCUACUCGAAUUGCUGCUACAAAACCAAAUGUGCCACCAAACCAAAGCUUUACAGAACAUUUAUUGAAUAUCAUACAUGCAACAAAUGAAUGUAGAUGAUGUGGUGUGAAUUUCAUACUUUUAAAACCACAGAAAGAAAACUGCAAACAUUCUGAGCUAUAAAGCAUAUAAGCAGGAGCCUUCAGUGAAAGAAAUACUCCUUGUCAUGCUUUAACAUGUCAUUCCUGAAAUUCCUGAAGAUUUUACACGUUUUGUGUUUUAUCUGAAUAUUUUGUGUGACUAAUGUGACUGUGUAACUCAAGGGACCGUUAAAAUGUUAAUUUCCUGUUUUUAUAUAUACAUAUAUAUGUAUAUUGUGUGUAUGACUAAAUACAAUAUAUCUAGUAUUAAUUCAGAUGAAUAUAAAUUUCAGAGCUGUCAACUAACACUUUGUUACAAUGUAAAACAUGUAAACUUUCCAACUACUGUACUGUAAAGAGAGAAAUCUGUAAAGCUAUAUGAACUUCUAAAGUAUUCUAAGUUGAUAUUAAUGAUGAUGAAAUAUUAAGGAUCUGCUGAAGUAUGACACUAUUACGUAUACCUUGUGUGAUUAACCCAACUAUGCCUUAAUAUCAAACAUCUGACCUUAGGAACUUACUUCACUGCCAACUAAACAACACAAGGAAAUAAACAGGAACUUAAUAAGCUAAA